AUGUCAAUAAAUAAAUACAGGAUAAUAGAUAAUAGUGAUAGAUUCAUUGGUAGACAUGUAGUUGCUUGUCAAUCAUUGAAGAAGGGAGAUCUCCUAUUCAAAGAGACUUCAUUCGCUUCGAUACCAGUCACAAAAUACAUUGCAAAUGCAUCUAUGUGCUCACUUUGUUGUAAGGAGAUGAAACAAGUACCAAACACAACAACUGCAGCAGCAACAACAACUGGUAAUUCAUCUGUAGAUAAUAAUAAUACAUCAAAUAAUAAUAAUAAUAAUAAUAAUAAUAAUGAGGGUAAUGAAAAUAAAGUUACUAUUGCAAGAGUACAAUGUUCUUAUGGAUGUGGAUUGUGGUUCUGUAGCGAUAGCUGUUGUAAUGAUAUGGUUCAUCAAUUGGAGUGCUCAUUCGUUGUAAAGGUUGCACAAGCAACGGUCGAUGUGCAGAAUGACCUCUCACAUUCACUGUUGGUAUUGAGAAUCUUGCUAAAGAAGAACAUACUGUCUGAGCUCUACAAUGGCGGUGUCGGUACACUAUCGGUGCAGCAACAGGAAUUCGAGAAGCGUGCACCACAAUGGCUCGAACAGACCAGUCGUUUUGCCGAUAGAUUCAUCGAGUUACUCCAAGAGGACAAACAUAUUGAUCCAACACUCCUCUCAUUCUUCACCAAACAGGAGAUCAUCAACACUGCCUGCGCCACAAUGGUCAACUCAUUCGCAUCCACCAAGAACUCUAUUAUCGUAUCGAACGGAUUCUUCUAUGAAGCUGCACUACUCAAUCAUAGUUGUCAACCAAAUACAUUCUAUUCCAUUCAAAAUAAUCAAUUACAGAUGAGAUGUAUUCAGGAUAUUGAGCAAGGUGGAGAUAUAUUUGAUAGUUAUGUAGAUUUGUUGGAACCGACCUUUGAAAGACAACAGGUGUUGUUGCAAUCCAAGCAUUUCUAUUGUAGAUGUGAACGUUGUCAAGAUCCGACAGAGUGUGGUCGUUAUUUGUCGUCGUUCAAAUGUCCGAGUUGUCAAGAGGGUUGGGUUUCACCAAUUAUCAGCUACAAUGAGAAAGACAAUGUGUUGGCACGUCUCUGGCGUUGUCUGGGUUGUCGUCAAGAACAGAACGACCGUAUCAUUCAACAACUCAAAGGUAUCGAUCAACUCAAACAGACAAUCAAUGAGAAGAAAUGGAGAGUCGAUCCCAAUGCCUAUUUGGAGCAGAUCGGUUCAAAGAUGGAGGAGGUACAGUCAAUGAUGAAUGAAAGCGAAGCACAAGCAACAAUCGCAUCCAACAAAGCAAUGAAAGACAAUCUCAUGCAAUCGAACAGAUACCUACAGAAAGCAUACGAAUGCGCAGUUAUAUGUUAUGGUGAAACCAACGAAAAUACAGUACUCAUUAAGAAUCAAAUUAAGAAAUUAACAACACCAAACUAA